AUGGUCAAGGCUAUCAUCGCACCCUCCAUUCUUGCAUCCGACUUCGCCAACUUGGGCUGUAACUGCCACAAGAUGUACGAUUCCGGUGCCGAUUGGCUCCACAUUGACGUCAUGGACGGUCAUUUCGUACCCAACAUCUCAUUGGGUCCUCCUAUCAUCUCCAGCUUGAGAAAGGAGAUCCCAAGAGCCGCCGAAAAGACAUUUUUCGACUGUCACAUGAUGGUUCUGGAGCCUGAGAAGUGGGUUCCGGAAAUCGCAAAGGCUGGUGGUGAUCAGUAUACUUUUCACUAUGAAUCUACGAAGGAUCCAUUGGCCCUUGUAAAAUUGAUCCGGGAACACGGUUUGAAGGCUGCCUGUGCUAUUAAGCCGGGAACCUCCGUGGAUGUGCUCUACGAGUUGGGUGAGCACUUGGAUAUGGCAUUGGUGAUGACCGUGGAGCCCGGUUUUGGUGGCCAGAAGUUCAUGGCUGACAUGAUGCCUAAGGUUGAGAAAUUGAGAGAGAGAUUCCCGCAAUUGAACAUCCAAGUUGACGGUGGAUUGGGCAAGGAGACCGUUCCCGCCGCUGCUGAUGCUGGUGCCAAUGUUAUUGUUGCAGGAACCUCGUGUUUCACUGCUCCAGACCCUGUGGUGCUUAUUGACUAUAUGAGAGAGACUGUGAAUGCCAGUUUGAAGAAGAAGGGUGUUUACACGGAGUAG